CAGAGGCUAUCGCGGAUUUCUGCGCACGCCCUCAUUAAAAGCGCGAUGCUAAAGAGCAGGAUGAUUCCCUCCUGGGAGGGCGGCAGUCAGCGAGGGCGCGGGGAGAGGCGGGGAGGAGAGGCACAACAUCCGCUGCUGCUGCUGCGUGUGCGCGAGAGAGCAGGCAGAGCGAGCGAGCGAGCGAGGGAGGGAGAGCGCGAGCGAGUGUGCCGCACGCGCGCGCGCACACACACACGCUCACCCCGCUCGCUCGCACUACGGGUUAGAAAGUAGCGGAGGAUCACGACUCGUUCUGCUCUCACUCUCCAGCCCCCGUGGACUGGGGGCUGAGUGGCGGACCAGGGACGGCACGGGAGACAGGUUGUGACCGUGAGAUGGAGCGCAUGACAGGGGUUAUACACAAGUCUGCACGUCAAACCUUGCUGGCGGCCGAAUAAAGGAUCGUCGGAUUACGAGAGAAGCAUCGACACGUGGGUGACUUAAACUGUGAUCGCCUGCUAACGACGCCAGCUCAGUGCGAGCGAGGUUGGGGUGCCUGCGAGUCGACACUACACAGGAGGAGCCGCAGACCGGACGCGUGGAGGAGCGCAGCCACUCUCCAGAAGCUCAACGGACCACGGUGGAUUGAUUAGCAUAUCUCUAAAUGCCAUAAUUUUCGGCACAUUAGUACGACACGGCAGAGAGUAGAACAUGCAAUAGCCACACAACUGCCAAUGGAAGAAAAAUGCCUAACAACUGCGUAUCUACAUGAAUCUACAUAUAUUUAAGCUGUGUCUGAAACUGCAGAAAGAGAGAGUUGGAUAAAACAAAGGGGCAGCUGAUGACCGUGCGUGUGCCUCUCACUACCUUCAGGAGGCAAAGUGAUAACUCUUGCGCUGAACUGGGGGCUACAAGGACACGUGACUUUCAACAUUGAAAAGCUGCCAGAAUCGUUGACGAGGUGCGCCUCUGCCCAGUUCCCACGAGGCCCGAGCUGCACGUGUCAAAUAACGAUCGUCGAGCGAUAAACCAAAGGCAGAAUAGCCCCUUCAAAGAAGCAGAGGCUGGCUUGGUCAACUGUCUUCUAAGGCAAGUGGAAUUUAAAUUGGCUGAAAAUGAAAUCCCCAGUAAGUGAAGAGGGAAAUAAUAACAACGAUGUCAAUAAACGAAAGGAACAAAUUAAAGUGCGAUAUGAAAUAGGUUUGCUUGGAAUGGAUGGUUUAUGACCUCGUACGCGCCAAGUGAAUCACAGUCCGGUUUCACGACAUGCAGCGAUGUGCCUUGACGUGCGUAUGAGGCUCCGUGUAAUGGAUGUUGCUGCUGCUGCUGUAGCUGGAUAGUUCAUUGUGAAACUCAUGGAGAAGGCCCACGGCCCACCUGAAUACAGCAAUUCACUGCAUUGACAAGGGACAAAACGAACAAUAACCGAUUAAAUCAAGCGGAAGGUGCAAGCAAACAAAGGAACUUAACGAAAGAAAAGUGGAAAAUCACGACAAUAAUAAUCAAAAUAAUCGUAAUAACGAAACCUAUUUGAAGGAAAAGCACGCGCAUGCCGAGAAAGUUGUAACGCCGCGUGAAAACGGUCUCAGCAGCGGCACAGCAGCCGGCUGGCCGGCCGGGAGCAGCCCACGACCACUCUCGCCCCGAGCGAGCAAAUUGGACACCGUGCUACCAGCUGCCACCGCCGGCUCAUGAAUUUUUAAAGCGGGACCCAAAACGGAAACGAGUGACAUCGUCGCGCCAGUCGCUCGCAGCGAACGCAGGAGCAGCGGCGGUGGGGCCGGAUCGGCGUGACCACGCCGGGGAGGGGGAGCAGCGCCGGGGCAAGGAGCAGGUACCGACGGGAGCGCGCGGCCGGGGUGGCGGAGACGCCGAGUCUCGGCGCUGGGGAGCCAGUAGUUGCCAACGCCUCGGGGCUCGCAAAUAUGUGCCGAGUCAGCGCCGGGUCAGCAGCUCCGAAAGCCCCACGUGAGUAGGCGAGCAAGCGCAGCUCCGCCGGGACGCACUCGGGGACGUGCCGUCACGUUCGGCGGCGACGUUGGGGGGCCACGAGUCCACCGACGCUGCGCGCAGCAGGAAGCGAUUUCCCAUGCGAGCGUGCACAGUAAUGCGGCGGCAGGAACAAUCAACAGACACGCACACAGAAAACUAAAUGACAUUAAAAAAAGGCUUACUGUUGCGAAAUGAGUACGGUGCAAUCAGCCAGUGGUAAAAAUUCGACAGUCUGGGCUCAUAACCCCACAGGGCAACCACAGUAGAAAAGAAAAUCCACACGUCUCAAGAGACGGAGUUCACCUCUGUUGGCAAAACUGAAUCAGAAGCAGGAAGUGUGUAGUCCUAUGGCAGGGGCCAAUAGGAAUACAAAGACACACGCACAUAUUAUUUGUGCGGCGCCUCUCAAUUGAAUGCACUUAAAAGCACUUAAAAUAUACGACACACACAGACGUGCUGUUAUUCGCCGGUUAUAGAUCCUGCCAUGGGUGGGAUCUGAAAAAUGUGUUAAUUUUGCUUUCCCAUUAAGCCCACCGAGAGACGUGUUUAAUGUGUUAAGCUAUGCUACCACUGCACCGAAAUGUGCCAACUUAAAACAAAUUUGGGAGGCGCAGUAAUUAAGAACGCCUUGGAAUGAAGCUUUUAUAUUUGUUUUACAAAAGAUGUGGAAAUUGCUUAGCGGUAGUUUAACGAAUACUUGCAUCCGUCCUGGUGUCUCAUGCAUGUCGACGGUUAAUAUGGUCAGAGAGAGGGUGGAGUAUGGUGAGCUUGCAGCAGAGGAGGCUGGCGACAACGAUAAAUUGCAGAUAGGAGAAGAGAUAAAGAUAGGUGGAAAGAUAGCGGCACAGGGAGACGGACGAGUGCGUCCAAUAGUCGGCGAUCGCGGCAGGCGAAGAAGGGAACCCGGCGUGGCACGAGUGGGAAGGACGGAACGUGGAGUUAUUCGUUCCGCAGCCGGACGACAACGCUUCACGCGUGUUACGUCGGUGAAAAUGCAGAGGUGCGCGGCCGCCCGGCGCGACUUCGAGUGACGGACCAAAUGGAAACGCUGCGGCCCGCACCGGCAGGCGGCAUGAAGCUCAGCGAAACCCCGUCGGUGGCGAACUGCACCGAGAACGCGAAUCCGACGUGCCGCCCAGACGACCCCGGCCAGGCGACGGCCGACUCGGACCACCCGCCGGACGCCUCGUGCAAAAAGGUGCCGACCGACGGGCGCUUCAAGCUCGAGGACUGGCUAUCGGAGGCGGGCCUGUCUGCCGCCAGCCACGAGAACAACAACAACGUGGAGAUCCUGUCCACCGCCAUGCACGUGCUGCAGAGGGCCGACGUGAUGCUGCAAGGCCUCGCUCAGGCCGACGGGCGGGCGGGCGACGAGGAGCGGCGGGUCGCCGGUGCCGGGCGGCCCGACGGGGUGCGCGAGCGGCCCCCGAGCGAGCCGCCGUGGGCCCCGUACGGGCGGGACGCGGACGGGCUGCCGUCGGCACGCUCGCCCCGCGCGCCGCCAUGCAACCCCCUCGCCGCGCGGCUGUCGAGGCUCGGCGGGUACGACGGGAACGCCCAGCCGUGGAGGGGCAGCGUCGGGCAGCCGCCCCGGUCUCCGGCGGUGGCGGCGGAGUCCGAAAAGUGGCGCUCUGCGGAACGCCCGGACCGCGGGCCGCCGGCGGCCGUGACGUGCGGCCGGCCCGCGAGGCCGGCGCUUCUCAAGCUCGACGGGAGGGAGGACGUGGAAAAGCGACGGCGCCGGAGGCAGCUCAAGGCCUUCCAGGUGCGCUUCAAAGACCUCUGCGAUGACGCCGACGAGGGCGGCGGCGGCGGAUCAUCGGCGGCCGCCAAGGACGGAGAAGGUCGCGUGGCGACGCAGGCCGACGCCAGGCCCGAGGUGGACGCCGAACCGAGGAGAACGCUCGUCAGCAAAGUGCCCACGUCACGGCGCUUCUUCCGGCCACUCCACUCGCGCUUGGGAGAGAGGACGCUGCACAGCUCGGCGACGCAAACGGCGGCGGCGCCACCCGAGGACGGUGCGGGGAGCGCACAAAAUGUGGCGGCACCAAACGCGUGCUGCCCGGGGAGCGCCCGUGGCGCUCGGUGCGGCCAGUGGCUCGACGACGGUCCGCGACGGGCACCGGCGGACACGGAGUAUCGGCCUUCGUCAUCGAGCGCUAACGGGGAGCCACGUGCGGUGGCCAACGUGCUCAACGCCGCUGGAGCUGCGCACGUCAAAAUUCACCGGCCGGUAGAGACGGCGUGCGGUGCGCGGUGGCUGCCGGCCACAACUUCUGCGACGGAACCGACUAAAAAGCUUUGCGGCGAUGCACAAAUGAACGGUGAUUGGCCAACAUCGCCGAUCGCGAGGAGAACAUCUCCUUGCCGCGACGGUGGCGUAAAGCCCAAGGACCGUUUGAACUCUGCGCAGACGAAUGCGAGCAGCUCUCCGAGCACGAGCAUCGGGGCGUCGGACACCAGAGCAAGCGACGUGACCGGCGUGCAACCUCCGGGGGUCGAGCGCGGAGGCCAAGAAACCUCAGUCGCGGCGGUCUCUCCACCAGCGUGCUCCGAUGUUGAGGUCGGGCAAGCAGACGAGGCCGUGGGACAGGCUGCUGGCUCUUCCUGCACACGGAAGGAACCGGAGCCCCGUCGCGACACGCUCAACGGUGCGGCUCCGGAUGGAUCCGCGACCGAGGAGAGGGGGCGCGCGGCGCGGCCGGGCGAGAGCCAGGCCUCGGCCGACAGGGAGGAACGAGGCGGCGCGAGUGACGCCGAGGCGAUGCCGAGAAACGACGCGCGGCGGGGAGAGGAAGCGAGCGGCGACGCCGGCGCCAAGGGAGACGCGGGCGGCCCGGAGAACGAGCCGAAGGACGAGUCGAGGACGGCGCCGGUGACCGGCGAAGGGACGAGCGGCGUUGGCGGCGGAAGUGGCAGUGGCGGUGGGGGUGGGGGCGGCAGUGGUGGCGGCGGAGAGUCGCAGGCCUCGCAGAACGAGGUGAACGCGCUGCGGGAACGCCUGGCCGCCAUGGAGGAGGUGCUGCGUGCGAGCCAGGACACCAUCAAGCUGCUGCUCGAGGUCAUACGGCAGCUGGAGCGGGCAGACGCCACGCGAAGGGGCGUGGAGCACGACUUCAGGCAGCAGGAGAGCAUGCUGCACCAGGCGCUCACGCCGCCGCGGGGGUGCCGCGCCGCGACGGCGCUCCCGUCGCCGCACGCCCUGCUGCUGCCUGCGCUGCCGCCGCCGGCGGCGACCCCCGACCCCUGCCAAGAAGGCCAGGACCUCCGGCCGACGAUGGCGGCGGCCAGCGUCGCACCGAGCGACCGGCACGGAGGGCCGCAGCCCAGGGGGGCCGCACGCAAGAACGGCAAAGGCUGCUUCUGGUUCUUAUGAGAGCCCCCAGCCAGCCACGUGACUCGGGCAUUGGCAAAUGCCAGUGGAAGAAAUAUUAUAAUAAUAAAAAAUCAAAUGGCAAUUGGUGACACCGAGAGCCCCGAGCACUUUUAUCCGUUUACAUGCAGCGACCUGACGUGCACCCCGGGUGCUCUCGUGCUUCUCGUCGUCUCGAGGCCCCGCAGCGGUGGUGGCGGUAGCGGCGGGGAUAGAGGGACUCGCUGCGCCACGGGAGGCGCGCCGCCGCGUCGUCGCACAUGGCACACACACGGACAGUGGCCGCCUUUCAAGAAAUCAAGAGCACCGGCAAGUGAAGGGGCAAAAGAACAGAAAGCAGCGUGUUUUUCUGAACGCGUCAAGCUCUGAAUAUUGUCUCCACGUUGCAACGUGCCGCAAUGCCGUGCUACACCCCCCCCCCCCCCCCCGUGCAUACACUGUGAAAUUGUUUGCAGAGCAUUGCAGGGAUACAGAACGCGCGCGCGCAUACAAAAGACCCAGGCGAGACUGUUGGGACACGAGCCUUUAGUGGAGCAUCUAUUAAGGCCAAGGGCAACGUACAGCGAACCAAGUUGCGAUUUUAGGCGGAGUCGACACAGCGGAGGACGACAUCGCAGCAGUGCUCGUCUACGGGCAGCGGGUAACGGAUGUUCGACAGAGCAGGGCGCGAGGGGAAUGCCGCGUGCACCCUACUUAAGAGCCGCCCUCCGCGAAACACCGCCCGCUCGUCAAGUACGCCAUCGCCCGCAGCCGCCCCUCAUCUCCUGCCGAUCGCAAAGCGGCGGGAACUCACGACGAGCCAGGGCAAAGGAAACCCUCCCUGUCAAAGGGGAUAAAAACUGCUAUGAAAUCAAGCGCUCCGCGGCGAAAGGCACGAGACGACGGGAGCGGCGUAGGGCUUUGCGAGAUCGGUUUAGACUCCACGGCAAAGCCUCUCCCUCAAGCGUCGUAACAGCCUUGUGGCUAUAUAUUCUUAGUUCUUUCGGUAAAGUGAAGUAGAAGGGAAAAAAUAAAAUAAUAUUAAUAUAGUUUUUAUUAUUAUUAAUAUAUAAUGAAAACAUUAUUUAUUUCAUUAUUUCCCUUCUACGUGACUUUACCGAAAGAACCAAGAAUAUGAAUCCCUGCAGUCACGAAAGCUUUAAAUCAAGCCUUGUGGCUGUUUCUUCGGAAGCUCCGUGCGGUGCCAACGCCUCCAAGGGCAGCGGACUAAGAACGACUCUCUAUCUGCAGCUGUGUACGGAUUGAUUUUAACUUUUUAAGAGGACGGCAUUCAUAAAAUGCUCGAACGGGUUUGUGCAGUGAAGCUCUAAAAAAAACAUUUUUAUUGAGUCGCAAGGGUUCACCAGUUUCUUAAGGGGUUAUUUACACCCAAAGCAAACUUGUGCAAUAUUUCGUGAAAUGUUAGUUGACAUGUCCGUGACGUACUAGCGGCACCUCCUUUGGCUAAGAGAGUUGGAAUGUUAUUAAACACACGAGUCUCUAAUCACGGUUAAUUUUCAAUCACUAUAACAAAAAACAAAUUAAGUUAUAUAUUUUAAGUAUAUUCAAGCAAAAGUUACAUUAAGUAUGCAACGCUGUUAAACGGUGCAUUAUCUGUUGCUAAAAAUUUAUACGUGUUCAACAACAUCGUGUUUGUAUGCAUUGACUGUAUAAAUACAUGUACAUACAGAUAUAUAAAGACAUGCACAUAUUAAUAUAUAAACAAAUAUACGUGAAUAAAAGGCUGUGCGCUAUUCAAUUUCCCGUAUGAUAAAGGGCAAUGAACUGCAUUGCAAACCAAUGAACAGUAACCUAAGCCGCUUAAUUAAAUUAAUUCUGCACCGCCCGCUUAUUAAAAUCUUUAUUUCCCGGGAGGACAGGUCGGGCCUUGCCACCGCAAGCGGAGUCCUCCCCCCGUCUCGGUCGUCGCGCACACAACCCUGGCCCCCAACCAGGAAGCACGAGCCCUCGCGGGCACGGCAGCGGCUGUCAACGCAGACGACAAAACCGAACGCCGUCACUUCUCUCCUGCCAGAUUCUGCCAGAUUCUGGACCUGAUCUCCUGCGGCAUACAAUUUUAUUGUCUCGUCCGCACGGAGUUUUCAGCAGCACACCUGCAGGUCACCACACUGCCCCUUUUUGCUUCUUCCCUCCCACUUUGGAAUUCCCUUCCCCUCGUCUCUGUUCAUAAGCUCCUACCGCCAUGCUCACGUCAAGAAGCAUGGUAAACUCUGUUGCUACUUUGAGAGUGCUGUCGGUUGCCAGCAGCUUGACGUUUUGGGCCUCUGCUUAGCAACUGCAUGUAAUAAUAAUUAUCACUACUACAUUUGGCUUAGGCCUGCUCCUUAUGCCAGAGUCGAGAACCUACCUGCUAACGGUAACCCACCUCUGGUGGCCACUCCAAUGCCAGUCUAGAGUACCGUGCCCUGGUCCCUCCUGCACAUGUGCCCCAGUUUUUGUAAACCCAAACUCCUGAUUACAUCUACGGCACUUUGCCUCCACAUUUGCUUUUGGAAUUUCACAGUUGCUUGCCUCCUAUACUCUGCAAUGAAAUCUGCAACGCUUUUCACACAUACGAAAUUAAGCUUUCAGAUCUGUACGCAAGCCACCCUGGUGGCCCGGGGUGCACAGCGGCUUUCGUGCAAUUAAAAAUCAACAUCGUGGAGAAUGACAGUUCCACGCUUGUCACCUCUAAACCGCAUGCAAACAAAAUCCAAACUUGGCUUACACUUGAGGGGUUCUUUCAAAAAGGGGCCACUCCUACCGUGAGUACGCGACAACGCCCAUAUACGUUCGUAGCCCUGAGCUACUGGAAAAAAAUUCACAUUGCUAUGGCAGGGUCAUUCAAUCUAAAGGACAAAAAACCACUGUUGACUUUCCACGGUGGCGCUCACUUCACGGCCGUGCUCACGACAGGACGAGCCGACCCCCCCCAACCGGAACGUGAACGCGCAACCUUCCUAUUGCGAGUUGGGAAACGUACGUGGCGGUAGUGGACGUGCACACAACUUCACGAGGGGGACGGGCCCCAUGCUCUCGCUGUCUCAGCAGGACGACCGCAAGAGAGAUCAGAAUAUCCUGCGCACGACAACGCUUCUUGGUUCGUUCCGCUAUCACAGCUCGGUGCCUUCCGUGAUGGAAACGACUUCACUCCCCGUCUUGAUGACAGUACAGCUGGGAUAUGCUGUAAUCGGCGCAAAAAAAUCCACAAAAAUCUUUAAACGCCAUUAAGUGAGUGGAAUGGUGCCCGUGUGACUGCUAAACGGUGGCAAAGGAUAUCUAAUUUAGAGCUGAAUUGCAUUACCUGCUUGCCAGUGAUUGCUGUGUGCACACUCUCGUUGGCAUUAGAUAGAUUGAUUUAUAGGCACGUAAAUACAUAAACUUUAUAUAACCAGGUAAGAGUCCCCACUAAGAUACUCAUUUCUCUUUCAAGGGAGAUCCAGAAAAAAAAUAUCAAAAAUACAAAAAAAUGUAAGCGUGGUCCUAAAUUCAAAUAAGUGUUGAGUACUGCUCAUUUCAGGCAGCAACCUAAGCCUGCAGUAGCAAUUCCACAUUCCCAUGACAGUGGCUCGUCUCUCCAUUAGAUGGCCACUGUUGCCUGUCUAGAAUGUAAGCAUAGUUGUACACCUUUUGGCAUCAUCUGGUCCAACACCAAUGGAGACUAGGCUCUAAGAACAGCUGUCUCGGGUGUGGACCAAUCAACUUCAAGGACAGUGCAUAUCAUUAUCAUCAUCAGAGUUGUUUCUUUUUUUUGCAUUUUGACUGCUUGUGUUGUGGUUAUUGCAAACAUGAUGCCUUGUAUAAAGGUGUCAGUUUUUGUACCAGUUGAAAGGGUAAAAACCUAUUACUAUAAUGUAAGCAUAGUUUAAGUGCACUUGAAAUACAAAGCUGGAUUGCAAGGUGACUAAUCGAUUUCAGGAAAGCAAGUAGGUUAACUCAUCGGUGUGGACUUUUAGAGCGUCAUGCUCACGUAAGCACGGGUUUUUUCGCGAUACUAUGGUUUCGUUUGAGACGUCAAACACAAUAAAAAAAGA